AGGCUUAGAUGGAGGAAACUGAUUCGCUGUGGCGACCCCUGAAGGGAAAAGCCCAAAGGAAAAGAAGAAGAGGAAGGCCGUGGACCUCGCCUCUGGCUCAUCUUGGCUGUGGACCUCGCUCCUACCUGUUCCCCAGUACUAUAUGGCUGAACUCUAUUCAAAUACAUAGGGUUAGAUAAGUGAAUCUUUAACAGUUCAGGUAAAUCUCCUGUCCGUCCUGAGAUAGGAUCUCUCCCCCAUGUAGACAUUCCUGGGGUUUGUGUUUUUUUUUUCUGAAUCAAGUUUUUUUUUUUUUUUUGAGGUUUUCAUAACUUUUAAGGAUGGUCUAAGGAUGGGGAUAACAGUUUAAUUUAGUCCGUUUAGUUUUUAGCUAUUGUUUAUAUUUUAUGACAGAUCUUCUGCUUCUGUAAAAUUACCGGCAUGAAGCCCAAUGAGGCAAGUGUUUUAUGAUAUUGGGCUAUAUAAAUAAAAUAAAAUUGAAUUAAACUGAUAAACUGAUCAGAAAAUGCAGCAGAGAAAGAAAAUGUGAUUCAAAAGGGCAAUUGUCAUUUUACUGCUGAGAAAUAAAAAGCAUUUAGGAAUUACUUGAGUUGAUUUUCCUCUUAGAAAAUGCAGCUCUUAAAUCACAAAAUGAAUCACUCAAUGACAAUGCCAUUCCUCUUUAAAAAUUAAGAAAAGAAAAGAAAAGAAAACACUUUACAAUCUAAUUUAGUUGUAGAUUGAUUUUGGAGGCCCUGAGACAGACUGGCGACCUGUCCAGGGUAAACCCCGCCUUCGCCCAUCAGUAGCCGGGUUAGGCUCCGGCACCCCCGCAACCCCGAAAGGGAAAAAGCGACAAAGAAAAUGAAUGAAUGAAUUGAUUUUGGAAUGAGACCAUUUAUUAACGAUCAUAAAAAAUAAUAUUGCUGUUUCAAAGUUCUCCACACAAAAACUGCAGCAGAACCUAGCCUUCAGAGUUAUCAUGAGUAACAAUUAUCAUGAAAAAGAAAUAAAACAUCAAAACCAAGAAGUUUUGGAGUGAAGUUUAGUUUGUACUUUAGACUCAAUAGAACCUGCCUCCAGUGGUUUUCGGAGGAACUACAACACCUAUUAUUUCCUGGGUUCAAGCUUCUAACCCUCGUGCUCUCUUAUGGUGUCCAGGUGACCCCACCCUUACAUUGAAGUGCGAUCCCUCCCAUGACAAAUGUGGAAAGGAUUUUAUGUCUGUCAUGGACUCCAAUGAAAAUCAAAAUCCUUGAAAGAAAAAAGUUCAGUGCACUGUCUUGUGGGGUCCAGAUGACCCCCUCCCAAAGUUAACGUGUCUAGGAUCGCAGAUCAAUUUUGAGAUUUCAGAAAAGAGGUGAUUGGUUCCAACCUCUAUUUAUUUUGGUGAUAUUAAAUGUUUCUAGAUGAUGAUUCAGGUUUUGUUGGUGUUUUCUGAGAAUGUUUGAUAUUUCAUUGUAUGCCUUUAAACAAAGACCAUCUUGCUCUAAAACUCCUGACGCUCACUCUGCAUCUGGAUCCUUCUGCAAGCGCAGAGAGGCCGGAGCUGGCAGGAGCUUGCCAGGUGGGGGCACCUGAUGGAGCUGGCAUAUGUAACAGUGGGCGCUGGACCCAGCCAGGGCUGUGGGGGGGGGUCAUUGGACUUGUCCUGGUGCUGGGCCAUUAUGCCGUAAUCCUCUGUGGCUUUUCUGGAAAAACUGAAUAGCAGCAGAAUUACUGACUCAAUUUUUGGACCUCAUUUUCAUGACAAAGCGAUUGUUGGCCUUUCGCCCCACUGCUGCUGUUUCUGAGCGCAGGAUGCAGCCUGUGUGUGGAGGGGGGGGGGUUAUAAAAGGCUGCCACUGUAAGGCCACAGCAGCAUCAACACCUGAGUGGAUCCACCAUCACGGCUGCUCCCACAUCCACCAUGGGCAGGAUCAUCUUCUAUGAGGAUAAGAACUUCCAGGGCCGCCGCUAUGAGUGCGACAGCGACUGCUCGGAUUUCCAUGCCUACCUGAGCCGCUGCAACUCCAUCCGUGUGGAGAGUGGGGCCUGGGUGGUGUACGAGAGGCCCAACUACAUGGGCUACCAAUACGUGCUGACCCGGGGGGAGUACCCAGAGUACCAGCGCUGGAUGGGGCUCAAUGACCGCCUCAGCUCCUGCAAGAUAAUCCAUUUUACCAACGGGAGCCAGUACAAGAUGCAGCUGUACGAGAAGGCAGACUUUGGGGGCCAGGCGGUGGAGGCCACAGAGGACUGCCCCUCCAUCCUGGAGAAGUUCCGUCUGAGGGAGGUCAACUCCUGCAAGGUCUUCGAUGGCUGCUGGGUGCUCUAUGAACACCCCAACUACCGGGGACGCCAGUACUUCCUGGAGAAGGGGGAGUACCGUAAACCCAGUGAGUGGGGGGCUAUCAGUGUGGCGGUGCAAUCCUUCAGACGCUUCACUGAAUGACUGGAACCGCACCUUCACAGCCUCUCAAACUGAAACCCACAAAUAAAAAUGCUGAACAGA